AUUGAAAUAAACGUUGGUUUUGAAACCUCUCGCUUCCGAUUGUUUGCUGACUGAUCAAUGAAGAUCUUCUUUUAGCUGGGUGUUCAAAGUCCUGGCUCCUCAACAGAUACUGCUAUUCUUCAGCUAAGAUGGGGGACCAUGUUGAGCUCACGUUACAGAUCACCCCAGAGACUCCAGGCAGGCCUUCAGUGAGAAACCCAUUUGAGAGUCCCAAUGACUACCACCACCUCCGGGAAGCCCUGGUGCCAAGCCCAUCUGUCUUCAAGUCCAAGCCUUGUAGAGCGACUCCACCCAAGUUUAACUGGUCUAUCGAUGAAAUGGCCAGUCUUCUCCCAGUACACAUAGACGCAGAGGACAUCCAGCGACAAUCUUUUUACCUCAGCCAGACGAGGAUGGAUUCCGACAUUGAGGAAAAGCGACAGAAUGCUAUUGAGCAGUUUUUCACCAAAGGAGCCAUUGUGCCUUCGCCCUGGGCAGCACCAGACAGCCGUAAAGGUCCUCAGGUGUAUAUGAAAAGUCCUAUGUCUGCAAUGAUUGUAGAGGAGCCAGAAAAAAUCUCAGUUGGUUGUCAGACAACUCUUACAUUACCCUUGGCUUUUGAUAUGGAGAAAGUACUGGGGGAAUAUUACCGCAACGGGGAAGCAGGUGAUGCUGUGCAGGAGAGCCUCAGCUCCUCUUCCUUAAGACGAAAACUCUUCCUCGAUGGCCAGGGCACCUACAGCGGCUCUGACAGCUCCAGCCCACCAAGCCCAGAGAGAAGCCAUAUCACGGAGCAGAGGCUCUCUCUAGACCGAGAAGAGGGAGCUGUAGGACGGGUCGCAGCUUCUGAAGGAGAAGCUAUAUCAUCCAUCUUUUGCUCCCCUUUAUCCUGUGGCGCGUCUGCUCCGACUCCCUCUACGGGUCAGUUCUCGUCCAGUCCCAUCCAGCAUGGCUGCUUCCGGGACUGCAGCCUCGGCAGCAUCGCCAGUCCUCUGUUCCCCGAUAGGUCGUCUCCUGCUGGCCUCGUCUCGCCCACAAUUUCUCCUAUUGUUGCACAUGCAGCACGCACACCCAUAUGCUCAGCUGAGAGGAAGCAGCAGAGCAAUUUUACUCCACUGGGCGUUUCCCUGGACAUAAAUGUCACUCCUUUCAACGAGAGUCCAUUUGUCGAGGGUUGCUCACCCAUUCGUAGCUGCUCCCCACACCACCUCCUUUGCCACAACGAUCCCCAGCACAACGCCAGACCUAAGCCCCGGACCAGAGUCCGCUGCUGGGCCUCCCCUCCCCUCAUCUCCCCCAUCCUCAACCCUAAGCUUCAGGACAAUCAGGAGGCUGAGGACCAACUCCCCUUCUCCUCUCCAGCUUCCUUUUCUUCCUCCUCUUCUCUCCCCCUUAUGGACCUGGAUCCAUCUUCACCCCUGGUCCACAAAGCACACCUCGCUGACACUGAGAGAGUUAGCUUGGAUCCUAUGGAACCUGUGAGAAUGGAGGAGGGCAAGGAGGCAGAGACAGAAGGGAGGUUGGAGGAUGAAGAGGAGGAAGGUGCAGUGCUUUCGAAACAGCUGACAAGCUCUCGUAUGGGCAAUGUGUCGGCAACAGAAAGCUCUCAUAUGUUUUUAUCUCUUCUGGCAGAGGGAAGCAGCAUACGCUACGAUUCUAGCAUGCAGGUGGACAGCGGGUACAACACUACCUCAGCAGGCACCGCCAGUCUUAUAGAUGGCAUCGGCUCUGACUGUCACGGCAAAGAGUCCUUCAGUUCAAACCUGGCAGAAGAAGCCUUUCAACUCACUCGACACACUAAAGUAAAGGUAUUUUAUCCUCACCACUGAGCAUUAUGAUGGAUGCAUUUUAAAGGGACGCCUCUUCCAGAGGAUUUAUUUCCAACCAAAUACAACAA